UAGUGUAUAAGUGAAGUGUUAAGAGUGAUGCUGCAAGUUUCUGAGUUUAUUUACAGAAGUUUUACAGUUACAUUUUUACGACAGUUUGCGCUCAGCACUCAGCACAGUAUGGGAAGUUUAAUUAAUGAAAACCGGUCGAUUCAUUCUGACAAUGUUGAGGCAGUUCAUAACAUCCCAAUGGAUGUGAUUAUUCGACCCAUUCCUCCAGUUCUGGAUGAAGAGAAAGUUCAAAGCCUCAUGGACACUAUAAAGGAGACCUCAGAUCUCAGACUUGUCCCUCCAAUAGAUGUGUUGUGGAUCACCGGUGAAAAGGGAGGUAAUUAUUACUACUCAUUUGGUGGCUGCCACAGAUUUGCUGCUUACCAGAGACUACAGAUGAAAUCCAUCCCAGCCAAAAUCAUCAAAUCCAACGUUUCUGACUUGCGCACCUAUUUAGGAGCUUCAACACCCAAUCUGCAGUGACUAAAAGAGUUGGAUUGUUGAAGAUACAAGUACCACAGGCUUGGUAAUGGGUCAUGGGGAUUAGUUGUUGGCUAUAUCUAUAUCUACAGCAAGGUGAUGCAUACAAAUAGGUGUAAAAAUGAAGGAACAAGGAAGUUAACAAGGCUACGUAUAUUUGUACGUGUUUUCUUUCAAAACUAUUUUUGUAUUUCUUUACCAUGAAUAUACAGGGUGUUUCAAAAAAAAAAAACUGGUAUUAUUUGAGAUGUAAAUAUCCCGGAAACUACAUAGUCUAGGCAAAUGAAACUUAACAGGCUUAAUGUGGAGCAAUAUAAAAUUUUAUUCCUCAAAAUUUGAAUGAGAUUCAGAGGUAUGUGGAUUCCAUGAACGAUUUCACAAGUUUUCGAUAUGCGUGCCACCUGUGACAUAGACACACACAGACAACCUUCCUCUUUUGAACUUUUUGUGCCAUGUCUAAAUCUGCAUUGCAGUUAGUGCGUUUUUAGAGAAUUCUCUCAUGAAUGCACGCUGCACAGUCUUGUUCGAGCGUACUCUAACACAACACCUCUUCUUUUCCAGUGAAUGGCAUUUCUGUACCUAAAAAGAUAAAAACAUUAAAUAUAAAAUUGACUUGUUUCCACACAUGCUGUUAAAAUUUGAAGUCAAUUGAACGAGAAUUGGCAAAGUUAUUAGACUGUGAAAUGAUAUCAAACUUUUUGAAACAUCCUGUAUUACGCACAUUUACUGAAAGAGAUGCAGUUUUAGAUCUUUUUUUUUUUCAAGAAAAUGUAAAUAAUCCAGACUGAUUUGGUUAUUUGACUUACCUUUGACUAACAAACAAAAAACAAGAUCUGUGGGUGUAUACGUGAGACUAUGUGAAUUCAUGUUUUUGUAAAUAAACAUGGUCAAAAGGCAAUACUCCAGCAUUUUCCAACUUAAGCUCUACUGCUGUAGUUGUAUUGCAUGUAUGAUCAUCACGUAUUAAACAUCACACCACACAUUUUCCCAAAAUGAGAAAAGAACUGAAAAAAUUUUAGUUUCCUGGGUUUUCAUUUACUUAAAAACCUAGUUAUAAUCAUGCUCUCUGUAAAGGCUUAUCAUGUGCAACUGUAUAAUGCAAAUUCAAAUCUGCUGGACUCCUAAUAAUAAGCGACUUAUGAAACAGCCCUGAGAGAAAGUCCUAAUAAAACUGUACUUAGAGUUUUAUCUAAAUUUAUAACACUGGAGCACUGCCUCCAGUUAUUUAUGCUUUCUAGAUUUUGUGCUAUUCUUGAGCAAUCAGGUGGAAUUUGCUUAUUGAGAACCACAACUUAUUUACUCUGAGGGGGGAAACAGAUUAAUCUCAGCUGCAGAAAUGGUUAAUGUACAAACACUACGAGUGAAGAAUCCUUUUUUUAAAAUUAAUUUAAUAUAAGAAUGAUCGCACACAAUUACUACACAUACAGUAAAUCACUCUGCAGCUGUAGUACCGAUAUUCACCACGAGAUGGUACUGUUGCUCUGUUUAGCGUAGAUUUGUUUUGUUCCACAUUACUGGCUGGAUUGGUUACAAUGCUUUCCAUGAUAAUAAAAUGUAAACCAUCUUCAUAUGUGUAAACGUAAUUCAAGAGGAAACUAAAAAGCCCUAAAAAUUGUUACUUACCCUGGUAUAUUUGAAAUGAUUCAAACAUUCGCUUUAUUGAUGUACAUCACUUUUUUUUAUUUAUUAUUUUUUUGGUAUUAAAUAAGAUGUUUUUCUGACACAUUAGUACAGCUUUGUCCUGUAAUGAAUUUGUCCUAUCAUGACCUGUUUUUCAAACUACGAUAUGUUUUAAUAAAAAA